AUGAAUUCCCGCCUCGACACACGAUCUGCGCAAACGCGCAAGCGCAUCGAGAACCAUAACUUUGAAGAUGAAGCCGGCGAUGAAUACGAAGCCUCAAAGUUCGGCGGCCACAGAGAAUACAUGCGCCGGAAGAGGAUCAAGUUGCAGAAUUUGGACUCUGAGAUUCGCGCUCGAUCUGACAAUCCACCUAUUUUCAAAGGCAUCGUUGUCUACGUCAAUGGCUACACUCAACCCUCACUGAAUGACCUUCAUACUAUGAUCGUCGCCCAUGGUGGUGGCUUUGCGCAAUACCUGGAUGGCAAAACUUUUGUGACACACAUCGUUGCGAGCAGUCUCACGCCCAAGAAAGCUGUCGAGUUCAAACGAUAUAGAAUUGUCAAGCCUGCUUGGAUCGUUGAUAGCAUUGCAGCUGCAAAGUGCCUGCCAUGGGAUAACUAUCGUGUCGUGGACGAAGGCGUCGGUCAGAAAGUGCUGGCCUUUAACAAUGGUCAAAUCUCAAGUCAAGUUAACAGACACACAAGAGGCUACAGGGAUCAAUCCGACAACAGCUGGUAUACUAGCCAGCUUAAAGGUUUGCAAACAGCUGGUGCUAGCCAGACGUCUUCACCUAGGCCUUCAUUCCUCAAAGAUCCAGGGGCACCCACUAAGCCUCCGACAUUAACACCCGAAUAUGAUGGUAUUCAUGAUUCAGAUCUUGAGGCACUGGAUAAAGACAAGGAUGAUACGUCAGACCAGUUAGAAUCUGCUUUAAAAGCACGAGAGCCGCUUGACCAAGCACCGCAGACUCCCCCGCGUACCAGCUCUGCUGAAGAAAAUGUCGAGCCAGACUCGGUGCCACCUCACUCCACGUCGCCCUAUGGUCAGGACGCUUCUGCUCCAAGUUGCAAAGAACAGACAAAUACUCGGGAAGCAGAGCCUCAGCCGAAAGCCACCGAGUUGACUGCGGAGGAGCACAACGCCAUUCUCCUUGCUGACCCGCGUCUUCGUAAAUCGACUGUCGUCAAUCCAGAAUUUCUCGAACAGUAUUACCGUGAAUCACGGUUGCAUCAUCUGUCAACCUGGAAGGCAGACCUGAAAUCGCAACUUCAGGCGCUCACAAACGAAAAAUCUGCUUCUCAAAAGACUCGUCAGAAACGUCCUGUUGGUGCUCGUCGUUAUAUCAUGCACGUAGAUUUCGACAGCUUCUUCGCCGCUGUUUCAUUGAAAAAGCAUCCGCACCUCAAAGACAAGCCCUGUGUAGUAGCUCACGGCACCGGUUCUGCUGGUGGAAACGGGUCUGAGAUUGCAUCUUGCAACUAUCCUGCGAGAGACUUUGGAGUCAAGAACGGAAUGUGGAUGAAAAGAGCUCAAGAGCUGUGUCCUGAUCUCAAAGUUCUUCCAUACGACUUUCCAGCCUAUGAGGAAUCAAGCAGGCAAUUCUACUCCGCCAUUUUGGAGACGGGAGGCCUAGUUCAAAGCGUAAGUGUAGACGAAGCGCUCAUCGAUAUCAGCACGCAAUGUAUAGCCGUUGGCGGCACUGAUGGCGUCCGUCGAUCUGAGGGUAGCAACUAUCGUGAGCAGUCUGAGGCUGACCGCAUUGGUCUGGAACUUCGUGAAGAAGUUUUGAAGCGGACUGGGUGCAAUGUAUCAGUCGGCAUUGGGAGUAACAUAUUGCUUGCCAAAAUCGCCUUGCGCAAGGCAAAGCCGGCAGGACAAUUUCAGCUCAAACCUGAAGAAGUCCUCGAUUUCAUCGGUGCUCUCGAAGUGCAAAGCUUACCAGGCGUCGCCUAUAGCAUUGGCGGCAAGCUAGAGGAGAUUAGCGUCAAAUACGUCAAAGACAUUCGUGAGCUCUCGAAGGAGAAGCUAGUAAAUACGCUUGGUCCAAAGACAGGCGAAAAGAUAUGGGAGUACAGCCGAGGUAUUGACAGAGCUGAAGUUGGCGAACAAGUCGUCCGCAAAUCAGUGUCAGCUGAUGUCAACUGGGGCGUACGCUUCGAGAAUCAAGAGCAGGUCGAUGAGUUCAUGGUCAGUCUCUGCGGCGAGCUGCAGAAGCGACUGAUCAAGGAGAAUGUCAAGGGCAGACAAUUGACCGUCAAAGUCAUGCGACGGUCUCCUGACGCUCCUCUCGAUCCUCCAAAGCAUCUCGGACACGGCAAGUGCGACACCUACAACAAGAGUAUUCAACUGGGCAUCGCAACCAACGACAGUGCCAUCAUGAUCAAAGAGGUCUUGACCGUGAUGCGCAGUUUCGGUUUCAGUCCUGGAGAACUUCGUGGAAUAGGCAUUCAGAUGACCAAGCUGGAACCACUAAAGGCUGGCGCAGAUGGUCGCGCUGACAGCAGUCAACCACGUCUACAAUUCAAAGCAGCUCAAACCACAAGACUGAAGCUGAAUACUGCUUCCGAGACCGAGCCAGCUGAAGAUCCUAUCACAGAUGACAUAAAAACGCCAAAGAGGAACAAAGUUCGCGACGUUGGCAGCUCGAGCUUNUUGAAUAACAUCGUCGCCGAUCAAUCUCCUAGUAAACGACCCCUGAACAUCUAUGGCACGCAAUUUGCACUCCCAACUCAAGUCGAUCCCAGUGUACUUGCUGAACUGCCAGAAGAGAUUCGAGCCAGACUCAUCAGACAUUCACGCCCAAAGCAGAUCCCGAACAACCAGGAUGAUGGUCGUAACAGCCCAAUACCAGCAAAGAAACCGCCCCGAGCAGCUUCGGCAGCGACUAUUUUGCCCAAUCAAUCGCAACUCGAUCCAGAGAUCUUAAAUUCGCUCCCUGAAGAUAUCCGUCGAGAUGUCAUGGCAAUGUACCAAACCACAACUACAUCACCACGCAAGGGACAAGAUCAGACGAUCCUUCCCCAGUCACCGCGAAAGAAUCGCAUCAUUGCUCCAGUCAAGAAGCUCGGUGGAAGAAAACCUCGCGGUGGAGGCUUGUUCGCCAGAGCUAGAGCCAGUAACGGCAACUCCACACUCACGCAAGCGAACUUCGUCGCAAGAGACACCGACACAGAUGACAUUAGCGCAGCAGAAGAGAUCGACGAAGACUUUCUCGCAGCUCUACCCCCUGAAAUCAGGAAAGAAGUCUUGGAUGAACGAAGAUCAGCACAACUGAGACGUUCCGGCGGCAUCGAAGCAGCAAGAUCACGAGCAGGAGGCAAAAGACAAGAGACUCCUGCCAACACGAUAGAAAGAUUCUUCCAGCUGCCUCCUCGGCCAGAGAAACCGAGCUUCACAUCUAACAAGUUGACAGAGCUUCCCGAUCUGAGGAAGGCAGUCAGAGAGUGGGUCAAGGAGUUUUGGGACGAGGUGCCUUAUUCUGAGGAUACAGCUUCUUUGGUUACGUAUUUGGUGGCUGUGGUCAAGCAAGAGAGGGAUGUGGAUAAAGCUGUCAAGGUGGCUAAGUGGCUGAGUUUGAUUGUCGAGCAAGAAGUCCUUGAGAAGGAGAUCGGGGAUGAUGUCAAAGAGGGUUGGGGGCAAGCGUGCAUGGAUGUUAAGAAAGGCGUUCAAGAUGCCAUUGUUGCGAGGGGUUUGCCAGAGGUGGAUUUUGGUUAG